AUUCAUCUAAGAAAGCAAUGUUGCAAUUUGACAUUUGCGCAUAUAAAAGUAAGUGCGCAAUGCAAACAAAUGUCAAAUAGCAAUAUUGCUUUCUUAGAUGAAUUGCUUCGAUGUGUCAAUUUUAAACCCGCUGUUCCUUUAAUUUCCUAUAAGUAAAGUAGGUAAAACCAUUAAAAAAAUACCUACUGCAUAUCUUUAAAAAAAUAUGAUUUCGUAGGCACAGUCUUAAUAAUACCUUUACGGCCAUCUCACUCUUUGGCUAGCAUUAUCAUAGAUGCCAAAGUGAUUAUGUCAAACGUCAAAUAUUAUGAAAUCAAAAAGUAUGUAGGUACUUACAUGAUAAAAUUAUAAAAUAACUAUGUAAAAGUAUUUUUCUAUUAGUUAUACUUUAAGUAAUUUGUUAGCAUAUUUUAGGAAACAAAACUAUUUUAAUUUUAGAAUUGAUCAUGAGAGAAUAUAAUAUAUUAAGAAACUGUUGUAUGUUAGUAUUUGUUGUAUCCCUACAAACUCAAAGCACGGGGACGACCGUUAAAAAUUUCACAAAAGAAUUGGAAACGUCCCGUCCAGCAUCAAAUACUACGAAGUCGGUAACUGGACUAACGAGCACAGAAUGGAAGCCACAACCAUCGACAACAAGUAACGGUUUGCAAAUUUCAAGUUGGAAGGUCGGACAGGCAGUCACUUCUGUAAAAAACCGGACCAGUCAAAUCGUCAAGUCAGAAGCGACGUCGCCAGCCCCUCAUGGUGCCCUCAUUCCUACAAUCAUGCCGAUGACGACAAAAAUUAAACCCGAAAUGCCGACAUUUGAAGCCACGAUAACAAGAAAAACUGAAGGAAUAGUGACUUUAGAAAUUCACAACACGUCAACAACAUCAACGUCUAAAAUGUCGACGAUAUCUUGGAAACCAGAAAAACGAGUGUCUUUGGAAAUUCACAACACGUCAACAACAUCAACGUCUAAAAUGUCAACGAUAUCUUGGAAACCAGAAAAACGAGUAAUGCCUGUGAGCCUGAUUGCUUCAAUACCUGUGGACUUGACUACCUCACUGAUAACUUCAAAUGUAUCGUCUGAAGCUCCGACGAACGCGUCUCAGGGAAACGGGACCCAGUUCAGGCAAAAUACACAAAAAAUGACAUGUGACAACGAUACUAUAUUUUGGUUUUACGAUUCUUUAGCUUAUGAGGAGAACCGUGAAGGGUCCCACAAACAUUCCGUAACCAUCCACAGUUGUGAAACUAAAGAGAACAAAACUGUUAACUUGACGUUGUACCAAUUUACAACCGGAACCUUUCCUUAUCCCUUUUGGACGGACUAUGCAGUGCUUGGUUUCGUGGUUAAAAUCUUUCCAUCGUAUUGGGUAUUGUAUAAACUCCACGUGUUUGCCGUUAUGAGGUCUGGUGACGUUCAGGAACUGGAAGACGUGUCCGCAAAUACCUCCGAGGUGAUCCCAUACAUAAAUGGCGUCGUUCAUUUCGAUUCAUGGACCAAUUAUUACAAUAAUCAUGGACGUGUCAGAUUCAACUUAAAUGGUUCAGUUCAGAUGGAACCUUUACAAACAGCUGCGUCCUCUGGUGCGGCUCUUAAUGAUGAGUACGAACCUUUACAAGCUACGAUAAUUCCAAUUACAACAAAGAAAACACCAACACGCAAAACGCGAAAAAGACAAAUCCCAUCCGCAACUCCCAAACCUCCUAAGGAAAACAUCAGGAAGUUUACUGACGGACUAUUAAUGCUUGUUGCAAUUACGUUAUUUAUACUAGUUAUACUUGCAAUCUGGCGGUUGUUAACUGGUUUGAGUUAUAUAUUUGCAGUCUACUAGACUAUCAUUCGUUAUUUAUGCCUGUUUUGUUUAC